GCAGCCCCACCCUCUUCCCCCAGCUCACGCGGCCUGCAUCCCGGCGCCGCCGUCCCCACUUGGCGCCGCGCCGCGCUCCUUGCCUCGGUGGUUACCCGGAGCGAAGCCGGGAUUCACAACCGCUACGCACCGUGGAGCUCGUCGACCGCUCGUCAGCGCCGUCUUCCCCGCGGUGCCUUAUCUGCUAUACUUCCCCACCUAAAGCGUAGCUCGUCUGGGUGUGUGCGUUGGGGGAGGGAUCGAUGGCCAACAGCGAGUAUGAGUAUGUGAAGAGGGAAUUCGAGUUUGAUCGCCGUCUCCCUCCCUCCAACUGGAUCGUCGUCCGCAUCGACGGCUGCCACUUCCACAGGUUCUCAAAGGUUCACGCUUUUGAGAAACCGAACGAUGAGAAUGCUCUAAGAUUGAUGAAUGCUUGUGCAACUGCUAUGCUUGAGAAAUUCCCUGACAUAGUCUUUGCUUAUGGUGUUAGCGAUGAGUACAGCUUUGUUUUCAGAGAGGAAACAGAAUUUUAUCACAGGCGAGAGAGCAAAAUUCUUUCUUUAUGUGUUUCCUACUUCACUUCUGUGUACGUAAUGAAGUGGAAAGACUUCUUUCCUAACAAAGAGUUGAAGGAGCCACCAUAUUUUGAUGCACGGGCUGUAUGUUACCCAAAUUUGAAGACUAUUCGUGAUUAUUUGGCUUGGAGACAAGUGGACUGUCAUAUAAAUAAUCAAUACAAUACCUGCUUCUGGAUGUUGGUGAAAUCUGGAAAAAGUGAACAAGCAGCUCAGCUAGCAUUGAAGGGAACAUUUGCAAAGGACAAGAAUGAGCUGCUUGCUCAACAAUUCCAAAUAAAUUAUGAUGAUGAACCAGCUAUGUUCCGCAAAGGAUCUAGUGUUUACCGAGAGAAGGUAGAAACAACAGUGAAGAUUGAUGACUAUGGGUCUCCAAUAAAAAGACCAGCAUUGAAAGUUACAGUAGCACAUGUUGAUAUCAUAGGGCCUGAGUUUUGGGAAAAUCAUCAACACAUUCUUCGAGAAGGCAAAUUUAUGCAUGAGUUUGUGAAGAAGUUUGGCAUCGACCGCAUUCUUCCACCUUGUAAUUGGGUUGUUGUUCGCAUCAGUGGCUGCCAAUUUGAUCAAUUCUCACUGAUUCAUUCACUUGACAAGCCAAAUGAUGAGACUGCUCUAAGCCUGAUGAAUGCAUCUGCAUCUUUGAUGAUGGAGCAAUACCCUGACAUUGUAUUUGGCUAUGGUUUUAACAACGAGUAUAGUUUUGUGUUCCAUGAGAAGACUGAACUAUACCAGAGACAGGAGAGCUUAAUCCUUUCGUCAUGCUCUUCAUAUUUCACUUCUUGUUACAUGACAAAAUGGAAGGAGUUUUUCCCCCACAAGGAAUUAAUGCAGACACCACGUUUUGAGGCAGAAGCUGUGUGUUACCCAAAACUAAAGAUAGUAUGUGAAUACUUGACGUGGAGGCAAGCAGAGUGGAACAUUAUCUAAAGAUAAAAAUGAGUUGCUUUUUCAGCAAUUCCAGAUGAACUACAACAAUGAACCUGCUAUGUUCCGAAAAGGUUCAUGUAUUUAUCGGCAAAAGGUGGAAGAACUUGCGGAGGCGGAGGGUGGCGACAAUGGCACCGCAAGAGAAGUGUGGGAUGUGAAAGUGGACCACGUUGACCUGGGACCUGGAUUCUGACGAAAGCACCCUUGGAUAAUGACUAAAUGCAAUUAGUAGCUCCGACUGAUACAUGGUUAUCAUCAACCACUCUAGAUAGAUACCCCGGGUGUUGCCGCUCCACAGAUCAACUGUUACCUUCAUCCUCUCGCUGAUCGUUUGAGUUAUUCAUCUGGAACCUUACUAGCGACGGUUUCCCUUUUGAGCUGUAAAUAACAACAUUUAUUUUUAUACGCACACUGAAUUACUGGAAGUUCUGCAUAACUUGCUGGGACUCGGAAAAUCCCUUUUCGCCUC